AUGGAGACCAAGCACUCAGACACCCCACGUAUCCGCAAGAAGAGGAUUCCGAUCAAGGCUAAAUGCGAUGGUAAACGACCUUGCUCGCGAUGCUGCGAGCUGAAAAAGAUCUGCGCCUUUAUCGAUCCUCCAAAAGAGGCCCAUCAGCUUCGAAUAGAGGAGCUUGAAGAACAGGUUACAGCACUAAAAGACGAGCUUCGAAGAGCUUCUUCCACACAAACCGGCUCUCAAAUUGAGACUAGCCACACAAAUCUCGGUCAGCAGCUGGGCGUCAAUUCACAGGCUUCAUCAAAUUUGGACCAUGGCCCCUUUGUUCCAGAAGCUCCGUUCAACUCUGAUGAAUUAGCCCUCAUUCGUCCAUCACACACAGAAUCACCGACAGAUACCGUGCUAUCCAACAAACAAGCCAAAUCCAAUUUCGAGAUUGCAUCUGUUACAUUACCCGAUUGUGUGGACGCCGGGCUGCUUAGCAUUGAGCAAGCCGAGCAGUACUUUUCCAUCUUCUUUCAGGGAUGCGACCAUUCUGUGCCCGUCUUUGAUCCCCGAUAUGACUCGUUUCAGAGCAUUCGUGCAAGAAGCAGUCUGCUUUUCAGUGCCAUUUGCACAAUUGGCUGUCGCGUUGUGACCGGAACCGACACUCAACAAUGGCACAUGCUGGAUUUUCACGUCAAGAGAAUGCUAAACUGCGCUCUAGCAAGGCCAGCUAUGGCUUCGCUGGAGACUAUUCAAGCAUUACUGGUCCGCUCAUGCUAUGCAUCUGAGAGAUCGCUUCUCGUCGCAGCCGCAACACGCAUGGCUCUUGAUCUCAAUUUCCCCGAGUCCUACGACGAGAUGAUCAAUCGGUCUGCGGUGCUGGCAACACGAAGACCCUCGACAGGCACUGAUGAAGAUACAAUCAUCUCGAUGCGAAGAGUCAGGACUUGGCUCCAUCUAUUCGUCUUGGGCCACAUCUUACACGUCGAUGCUUCUGAUUUACCAACCUUUAAGUUUGUUGAACUUAACGUGAUUCGUGGUAGGAUCUACGAUUCACUGGCUAGUCAUGUUGGCUUUGGUGAUGAAGAGAUGCUGGAUGUCGUCCGCGAAGCUCGCAUUGACAUAUCUAUAUGGUUCGACGACUGGGCACAUAUUUUCGAAAAGCACAGCAUUCAAGCACCUUGGCUCAGUGUCAAUCUUCGGGUGCAAAAGUGUUGGGCUGAAAACAUGGCUCUAUGUCGUGCUGUAAGAGCAACCGGCGUGGAAAAUGUCGACUUCAUGUCGCCUGCUCAAAAAUCGGUUGUUGCCAUGGCCAAGGACGCUUUGGAGGAACACCUGGAUAUCAUGAUUGAGGAACCAAGAUUGUAUAUCCGCAACCUGCGAUUUGCAAUGGACUUUGUCUGGGCAAAAUGUGCAUUUUGCUAUUUACUGCUUCUCAAACUUUCUAUUCUGCUACCUGAGAGCAAGGGACGUUCUAGCAGAGAGCUUGUAGCACAUGGAAACAUUCUCUUAAGCGAACUGAGCGAAGCAAGCGGUGGUAACCAUAAUGGAAGCCGGAGUAAUACUGGGAAGCAAUAUCUACAACUUCUCCAGGCCGGGAUUGAGAAAUUCAGCAGCGUCACGCAUGAAGCUCACAAUACCGCCCUGAGCAUUGCAAAUGAUGAGGGCUUUUCAUCUCGACGAACGCCUGGCUAUGGUACACAAAAUCGGAUGGAGUUGGACUCGUUUGUCCCUGAGCAGUUCAUCUUUGAGUGGGAUUUCCCUGGCCUCACGCUUUUCUCCUCGUCUGCCAUCGGCGUUGCCUGGCUCGAUGACAUACUCGUCGAGGCACUUAAUGGGGGCGAAGACCUAUUCGGGUGGCUACCAACUGAUGCUGAGAGCUGA